AUGACGAAAACAAGACUGUCCUCCGACACCGCCGUCGACGCCGAAAAACUAGGCAGUCUGCAGCAGGACAUCAAGAUCAGCGACGAGCAUAUUGAGAAUCCGCUCCUGAUCCCCGACUACCGUCCCGGCACGGACGAGGAGCGCAGACUGGUCUGGAAAAUCGAUCUCUGUCUGUUGCCCAUCAUCUUUGUCAUGUACUUUCUCAGUUAUAUGGACCGGAUCAACGUCGGGAAUGCAAAGGUCGCGGGCAUGGAGGAAUAUCUCAAUCUCUCUAGUGGACAAUACUCCAUCGUGCUCGUGAUCAUGAUUGUUUUCUACGUGUCCGCUGAGAUCCCUCUGAACAUGAUUCUCUCCCGCUCAAAGCCCUACAUCUUCAUGCCAAUCAUCAUGAUCCUCUGGGGCUGCGUCACCGCCGCCAUGACCCGAAUCGAGACCUACCACCAGCUCCUCGGCUGCCGCGUCGUCGUCGGCAUGUGCGAAGCCGGCUUCGCCCCCGGCGUACUCCUCAUGUUCUCCUCCUGGUACAAGCGCUCGGAGCAGUCCAUGCGCUUCGGCAUCUACAUCUCCGCCCCCGUCAUCUCCGGCGCGUUCGGCGGCCUGCUUUCCGGGGCAAUCAUGUCUGGUUUAGACGGCGCGCACGGGAUCGCGGGCUGGCGCUGGCUCUUCUUGAUCGAGGGCGUGCUCACAGUUGGAGUCGCUGCCCUCAGCGCCUUCAUCCUGCUCGGCUUCCCUGCGAAUUCGCGCUACCUCAGCGAGCGUGAGCGCGCGCUUGCCGUCACGCGGCUGCAGUACGACUCGAUCGUCAACAACAAGCCAAACGAGGCUCAGAUGACCCACUGGGAAGCCUUCAAGUUCGCCGCCACAAACUGGCGCGUCUGGCUCAUGACGCUCGGGUACUUCAUCAUCACCGGCACCUCGAGCAUGUCGUACUUCUACCCGACCCUCGUGCAGUCUCUCGGCUACACGGGUACAAAGAUCCAAUACAUGACCGUCCCGAUCUACGCCGUCGCGUUCGUGUUCAACCUCGCGACCUCGUUCAUCGGCGACCGCAAGCUGCGCCCGUACAGAGGCUACAUCAACAUGUUCUGGCUCAUCAUCCUCACCAUCUGCGCCGUCGUCGUCACUGCGUGCUACAACACUAAAGUCCGCUACACCUUCCUCGUCUUCAUGACCGCGGCCGUCUGGUCCUCCACCGCCGCAACCCUCGCCUACGGCUCCUCCACGUACGCCUACAUGGACCGCGAAGCCCGCGCCGUCGCGCUCGCGAUCCAAAACGGCGUCGGCACCGCCGCAACAAUCUACGGCGCUUUCCUCUUCCCGGCAAGCGACAAGCCAAAGUACACCAUGGGCUUCUCCGUCAUCUCGGCGCUGUCGUUCUUGGGAAUCUUUGUCUUCCUCGCGCUCCAGAUCCUGCUGCCGAGUGAAGCGUGGAGAUACACCGGCCAAUUCUCACGAUACAACAGACUAAAAGGCAUGUUCCCCGGCCUCGGUCUCGGCACCGGUCUCUUCAUCGCCUACUGCGCGUUCGAGCAGCUCGUCGGUUUCGGCGAUAGCCACCAUUAA